UUGCUCUUCAACUUCCGUCGAACUUCCGGGGUGGAGAAAUGGCGGUUCACAACAACAGAGACACAAUGGAGAGUCUGGAGGAUGGAGAAAUAAGUGGCUCUGAUUCGGAGCCAGAAAUGCACUCAGGUGGCCGGCGGCAGAUGCCUUCUGCAGGACCGUUUUCAACACAGCACUUUCAGAGCAGAGAUCGUCCUCAAGCUGCUUCAUCCGUCACCAGCUACCGCAGCUCCAUCGCAACCGAAUCCAGUGGCAGCGACUCAGAGGAAGAGGCUGCACUAUGGAGGCGAAAGCGUCAGAAGUGCAACAAUGUUCCUCCACCUGUACUUCCCACGUCUUUUGGGGGUUCCGGACGCAAAGUGAAUAACAUCUGGGGCUCUGUGGUGCAGGAGCAAAACCAGGAGGCUGUCGCGGCUGAGCUCGGCAUCAUGGGAAUGGAGGCAGGUGUCACUAUGGACAGCCGGCAGUGUGAGACCUAUAACUAUUUACUGGCACGUAAGCUGAUGGAAAAGGAGAGGCAAGAGGAGGAGCAGGGCAUGGAGACCGUGCUGGACAAGCAACUAGAGGAAUACAUGCAGCAUGGAGGACAGGAAGAGAACUGUGAUGGCCAUUUGAAGAGGAAGCGGUCAGUCAAGGAACGACUAGGUUCUAAAGCUGAGAUGGACAUUACAGGACGAUAUGAGAUCACAGAGGACGACCCUGAAGAUAAAGUGAUCGAUGAAAUAGCGCAUAGGUUGAAGGAGCCAAAGAAGGAGUUAAUAGAGCGUGUUGUGAAAGUGAUCGGCACAAAGAAAGCGAUAGAGCUUCUGUCGGAAACAGCAACGAUCGAACAAAAUGGAGGUCUUUACACAGUGGAUGGCAGUAGAAGGCGGACGCCUGGAGGAGUUUAUCUGAACUUGCUGAAAAACACUCCUAGUAUUACUCAUGAUCAAGUCAAGAAAAUAUUCUAUGAAGAGAACCAGAAAGAGUAUAACAACAAGAAGGCAAACAAGAAAGCAGCCAAGCAGCGGCAAAAGUACUUAACCGCCAAGAAGAUGAAGCAAGCGAUCGGGACUUUGGACCUGCAGGAGCAUGAUGACGUUUCUCGAGAAACAUUUGCCAGUGACACUAAUGAAGCGUUGGAGUCUCUGGAGGACGGGGGUGAAGACCAGUCUGAGUCUGCACUGGGAACCGAGGACACUCCUGUAGUCUAUGCCUCUAAUGACCUGGAGGUCUUCUGAUGCUGCUGGUUGUAUUCCUGACUGACGGUGUAGACAGUGACUGGACAGUUCACUGUCACCAUGUGCAGUGAUUGUGGACUAAGCAGAUUCAAUCAUAUUCACUAUUAUGUGUGAUAGAUACGGUCGUUUGUUUUCCCCUGUUUCCUUGCCCGUCUCUCGUGCGAGGCUGGACAUGGCAAGUUCUGCACCGCAUAAAGAUGAUUGUGUGCAUGUGCGAUAACAAGCUCAGAAAUGUUAGACUGCUUUCACACAAGGUGUUUGUUGUUAAAGAUGGACAGAAAAACAAAGAGAUUAUGUCGAACAAAUGUUAGUUUUAUAUUGAAGUUAAUUAAAAUAAAUUCUAUAGUCAGAGCGUGGAUCAUUUUAAAUUAUACAAAAAUCGUAAAUAAAUAAUAAAAAAAUAAAAUAAAAAAAAUCAACAUGGACAAUAGUGGUAGGAUAAAAAAAAAAAAAGUUGUGCUGAGUGUGAGAGAAUAUGUGGUGCUUAAUGACAUCACCAAGUAGAAAUCUUUUUUUGUUUCAGUGUUACCAGAGGUAGAAGACAUUUUAAAUUGUUUGGCAUCGGUUUGUCACUGAAGACCAUGUCCUCUAUGCUGUCUCCCUCCCUCUGUCAUUUCCAACACCUAGUGUGAAAGCAGCCUUUUUCAUGACGCCUGUGAUUAAUAAGAGCUUUUAUGCUGUAUAUUGUUAGCCAAGUACAACAAUGCACUUUUGCUUGCCGAGUAAUUUCUUAAUUCUUUUUGUAUUAAAUAGCUGUCUAGUUAAGUUCACUCCCUACUGCAAAUAUAUUACUAAGAAUAUGCUUAAUGGCACUUGUAUAAGUAUUGACCAGUUGCUUUUAUGCUUAAUCCAAAGCAAUGCUCUGAACAUCUGGUACAAUCUGGUAGUAAUGAUGCUUCGUUAUGUUGCACUUGUUCUGCCUGCUGUUAGUGAGCUACGGUGUUAAAUUUGUAUUUGUGAAAAAUGAAAGCGUAUUCAGAUACACUAAGCUCAUCCUAUCAAAUGAGUGUUUUGAUUAAAGGGUUAUGUUUGCUAAUGAAUCCUUGAGUGCUAAUAUUUUAAAAUAAAGUUUUAUUUAGAAUCUA